CCUUAACAUAUACACCUUUAAGACAAAAAGUAUAGGGCUGGUUCCCAUACGGAUUCACCACUGAAUAUCUGGCUUGCUCUUCUGUUUUUUAGACCAUGCCGCCUAAACCCUUUGCCUUUAAAUUGUCUACUCAUCACCUUCCAUUCCAUAACCUCUUCUCAACCUCUCCUUUUAAGAAUCCCUCGGAGAAGAAUAUUAUACACGAUCCUCCCUUCCCUUCCCUUCCCUUUCUCUCUCUCUCUCUCUCUCCCACCCUCUGUGUGCGCGCGCUCCUGUUGAGGCAAAAAAUGGGGUCGCCACCUUCUGCUUUUUGCAAACAAAAGGCCAUUGUAUUCCUCAGAUUUUUCAUGAUCUUGUUCUUGUGCUCUAUACCUGAGAAACCCGACCUUUGUUCUACCAGCUCCUUUUUCAACUCUACUGCUCUAUCUAAUAAGAGCUUACCCAACAUCCUUUCACUGGAAAAACUGAAUCUAGAUGGUUACUUCAGCUUUGAUAAUAUUGAACAUGCAACUAAAGACUUUGGCAACAGAUACCAUACCCAUCCAGCAGCAGUCCUGUAUCCAAAGUCAGUUUCUGAUAUUGCCUCCACGAUAAACUAUAUUUUCAAUAUGGGCUCUACUUCAGCGAUAACAGUUGCAGCCAGAGGCCAUGGUCACUCCCUUCAAGGUCAAGCACAAGCUCAUCAAGGGAUAGUAAUCAACAUGGAAUCACUUCAGGUUCCAGAGAUGCAGAUUCAGGUGGGAGAGAAACCUUAUGUGGAUGUAUCAGGGGGCCAGUUGUGGAUUAACGUUCUGCAUGAAACUCUUAAAUAUGGACUUGCACCGAAAUCUUGGACAGAUUACCUUCAUCUCACCAUAGGGGGGACAUUAUCAAAUGCAGGAAUUAGUGGACAGGCAUUCCGACAUGGACCUCAGAUCAACAAUGUUUACCAGCUGGAGGUUGUCACAGGCAAGGGAGAAGUAAUUACCUGUUCAGAGCAGCAGAAUGCAGAUCUCUUCUAUGGUGUUCUUGGAGGACUAGGGCAAUUUGGCAUAAUCACUAGGGCCAGAAUUUCUCUUGAACGAGCACCUCAGAAGGUGAAAUGGAUGAGAAUAUUGUAUUCCGAGUUCUCCAGAUUCUCCAAUGACCAAGAACAUUUAAUGUCUAAGAAUUCUUUUGACUAUAUUGAAGGAUUUGUAAUAAUAAAUAGAACAGGUCUCCUCAACAACUGGAGGUCCGCCUUUAGUCCCAAAGACCCACUUCAAGCCAGCCAAUUCAUUUCAGAUGGAAAAACCCUUUAUUGUAUGGAAAUUGCUAAAUACUUCAAUUCAGAGGAGUCUGACCUUGUGAACCAGAAAAUUGAGAACUUGCUGUCAGAACUAAGUUAUAUUCCAUCAACACUUUUCAUGUCAGAAGUUUCUUAUGUGGAAUUCCUGGAUAGAGUACAUGUGUCAGAAAUAAAGCUCCGAGCAAAAGGUUUAUGGGAAGUUCCACACCCAUGGCUGAAUCUUCUAAUCCCCAAAAGCAAAAUUUCCGAGUUUGCUCUAGAGGUCUUCGGCAACAUUCUUACAGACAGUAGUAAUGGUCCCAUCCUCAUGUACCCAGUCAACAAGGCCAAGUGGAACAAUCAAACAUCUUUAAUAACCCCAGGAGAAGAUAUUUUCUAUCUAGUGGCAUUCCUAUCUUCAGCAGUACCAUCUUCCACAGGCAAGGAUGGGUUGCAGCACAUUUUAAUCCACAACCAAAAAGUUCUUGAUUUCUGUUCUAAGUCCAAUCUUGGAGUUAAGCAAUAUUUGCCUCAUUAUGGCACACAAGAAGAAUGGCGAGCUCACUUUGGCCCUCAGUGGGAAGUUUUUGUACAGAGGAAAUCAACUUAUGACCCUUUUGCAAUACUAGCUCCUGGUCAAAGAAUUUUUAAAAGGCGAUAGCCUUCAUAAAAUUGUAGCUACUCACAUUAGCCACAAAACAUACAAAGUGCACUGGAGGAAUAUAGAGCCAUGAUGCCCAAAACUGUAAAUUACUAGAAGUCAUCACACAUUGUUGAGUUUCCACAACAAGCAUUAGCAAGAUAAAUAAUUAGUAGACCAUUUGACAUUGCUGUUAAUUAAGUUGAAAAUUUGAAGUAUGCAAAUGUUGAAAAAGAAACCACGGCAUUAACCUUGUAGUAGAUGCUUUUAAGCAAGCCAUACAGAAAGAUAUAUGUUAUCUAAUUUCUGUCAUUUCAAUGGAUAAGGGGAAGACAACUAUUUGAUUC